AUGACGGCCAUCAUUGUCGUCGGCGUGCUGGUUGCGCUGUUAUACGGCCUCUACCAGUGGCUACUCCCAAAGCCGCUUCCCGGUAUCCCUUAUAACGAAGCUUCUGCAAAGAGCCUGUUCGGCGAUAUUCCCGGCCUCCACAACUCGCCGAUCGCCCAGAUCUUUAUGAAGCCGUUUGGCAAGCCUACCCUUGUGGUCUGCGACUUCAAGGAGGCCCAAGAUGUCCCCCUGCACCGAGGCAAAGAGUUCGACCGGUCCGCUUUUGUCGGCGAGCUGUUCCAGGGGGCUGGCAAGGACCACCACAUCGCGAAGAGGACUGGGCCCGAAUGGAAGGGCCGCAGGAAGCUUCUGCAGGACCUAAUGUCGCCGACCUUUUUGCAUAGUGUCGCGGCACCUGCGAUAUAUGCCAGCAGCCUUAAUAUCCUGAAGCUCUGGGAGCUGAAGGCUGACCUGGCCGACGGGCGGCCCUUCUCCGCCUCGAAGGAUAUUUUCCACGCCGCCCUGGAUGCUGUGAUGGCCUUCGCGUUUGGGAACGGGUACAAGGAGAAUGCGACUUCAAGUCAGACAGAGCUGAUGAAGAGCCUCGAGCGCGGCAAAAUCGCUGCCGGCGGGCAGGAUGUCCCGGUCGAGUUUCCAACAGCAAAGCUGGGCCAGGUGAUCUCAAGUAUCCUCGCCUUAACGGCGGCUGUGGAACGCGUCAGGGGGGCCGCUAGUAUGAGCCUGAAUUGGUGGUUUAUCACGCGCGAGGCUGGGUAUAAGAAGGCCAUGAAGGACAAAGACGACGCUAUCCACGAGCAACUCGAGAAGGCUGUCCAAGCUCGGAAGCAGAACGGCCAGGGGGACAACGAUACGUGGGUCCGAUCUGCGGUCGACCACAUGGUUGAUCGUGAAGCUCGUUCAGCCGAAAAGGAAGGGCGGCAGCCGGAACCUCACUCACCUGCUAUGGUAGUCGAAACCCUGGGCUUCAUCAUCGCCGGCCACGACACGACGAGUACCACCCUCUGCUGGGGCGUCGAGCUCCUCGGGGACAACCCAAGGGUCCAACAGCGCGUCCGCGAAGACCUGCAAGCCGCCUUCCCCGAAGCCAAGGCCGAGGGCCGGCUGCCCUCCGUCGCCGAGAUCACCAAAGCGUCGAUACCGUGCCUCGAGGCCACCAUGGAGGAGAUCCUGCGCAUCGGGAACACGGUCCCAAUCGUCGACCGCGAUGCCGUCCAGGACACCACCCUUCUGGGCCACUUCGUCCCCAAGGGGACCCACGUCUUCUUCCUGGUCAACGGGCCUUCGUUCCUCGAGCCGGCGUUUGACAUUGACGAGUCGCGGAGGAGCCCACAGGCCCGGGACAGCAAGGUGGGCGCCUGGGCGCCCGAGGACAUCGGCGCCUUCAAGCCCGAGCGGUGGCUCGCCGAGGAGAAUGGCAAAGAGGAGUUUGACAGCCAGGCUGGGCCCGGUAUCCCCUUUGGUUUAGGAACUAGAGGCUGCUAUGGGAGAAGAUUGGCGUAUCUUGAGCUGAGGCUCUUGUUGACGGUGUUCCUCUGGAAAUUUGAGUUUGAAAAAUGCCCUGCGGAGCUGUCUGGGUAUGAUGCUGUCGACGGAGUCGUUCACGGGCCAAAGAAUUGUUAUGUUAGGCUGAGGAAGGUCGCUGCCUGA